AUGACCGUCAACUCGUCCCAGUAGUAAUGGCGGUUCAGCUAAAGUGACAGAGACACAGUUUCAUUGUAGAAAUCUGUAUCUUUCUGGGAUUUGUUUUGAUUCAGUCAUGCUAAAAACAUUAACUAGGAUUCGUAAUUUACGUCAUAGUUGUAAGGUUAAUGAAUUGAGGGCUGUUGUUUGCCAUCAUAGUAGUUACAGCGGAACACGUGAUGAACAUCUCGUUAAACCAAGAUCUCUAUUAAGUAGACAAGAAGGAAUACAUGCCAAGGUAUCUUUGAGUGUACAACAAUCACCUUCACUUUUGAUACCUAACAAAGCCAAAUCACUUGUCCCCAGAAUAGCAGGAAUAACAGCUGGAAUAGAUGUGCAUCAUUACCCCUGGAUUACCAUAUCUGAUGCACAUACUAAAAACAACAUAGGAGACGAGGCAUUGAAUGGUGACAUUAUUGGCUAUGAUACCUUUGAAAUGGACUCUAAUACAAUCCACUGUAGCAGUAUCCUUAAAAAGAGAAAGCAAAAAAUGAAUAAGCACAAAUAUAAGAAAAGAAGAAAACGGGACAAGUUUAAGAGGCGUAACUUGGAAAAUAUUAAAGAAAGGAAACAGAAAGUAAGAGAAAGAGCAGAUGAAAGAGCAAAGCAAGCAGCUGGAUAAGUAGACUUGACUCUUAUUUCUAUAGUAGCAUGUUAAUCUUGCCUAUACUUAUGCUGGAAAAAAUUCAUAGAAAGAAAAAUUAAUAUGUAAUGCUAAUACUAAUACUUGUUUUCAAAGGACCAACUAAUCCAAAAGCUACUACUUAAUGAUAAUGGCUGUGUUCCUUGUCUGACACUUAAAGCUAAUUUUAGAAACUUUUAGACCUCUCCUUAUCAUGGUGUACAAGAUAUUUACUUUUUGGCCUUUGGCCUCAUGGGCUAUACCCUCCUACACAAAUGUUCUUAAAAAAAGUCUACCACCGAAUUAAUGACUGACACUUAAAGACCCAUUGCCACUUAGCGUGAUGCAUCACAAUAAUUAUUAUUUGUUUACAUUUUCAAUUGUGCCACCACCGGAAAAACAAUUCCAACCUUUUGAAUAAACUCUUAAAAGAAUGUAA